AAUACAGUCCACACCAGAAGUCAGAAAGUCCAAUUUCACCAAGGGGACAGAAAAGACAAGGGUAUAUUAUGCGGUUAUUCUGAGUGUUCCUGUCAGUCUUCACAGUAAAGAAGUGUUAUUAGACUUUUAAAUAUUGUGAACGUUUCUCGUUAAUGUGGUUUUGUUGUAAAAAGUAAAAGAGAAAGGGAGGUUAAUUGGACUUGUUGGCUCCUUUCUCCGGCAUUUCUACGUGCUGUGCCAGCGCCGCUGUUUGCGCACCUGAGUCCGCUGCUCAGUUUGUGCAGCGUCAACAUGCCUUUAAUGCAUCUGAGCAACUAAACUAUCACGGUGACAUUAGUUACGGGUAACAUGCCUGCUGUGGUGAAGUUGGGUAAAUGCGCAGUCUUUCACUGUGGAAUAACCACCGGAGUCCAGGUGUCAUCAGGGAGAGCUGAUGUGGCCGUUUGGAAGAGCGCAUCAGUUUGAUGUCAGCUGGGAUUUGACAGAGCGCAGGAGUUUGGGAUGCAAUUGAAACCUUAAAGUGACAAUCCUCGGCUACUUUUACCUGGAUUUAACACAGGCUAGCCGGAGCCAUGGCCUCUGAGGUGGUGUGCGGACUGGUCUUCAGGUUACUGCUUCCAGUGUGUCUUGCAGCUGCUUGCCUGUUCAGGUACAAUGUCCUGUCCUUCGUCUACCUCAUCUAUCUCCUGCUUAUUCCACUCUUCGCAGAGCCCACAAGCACAACAAUGCAAGGCCACACAGGGCGUCUGCUGCAGUCCCUAUGCUUCACCAGUAUGUCCUUCCUGCUGCUCCACAUCAUCUAUCAGAUUACCGUCAACAGCCUCCUGGCCGGGAACUCCAUCACCUCUGACUUCAACUGUUCCGCAUGGGAGAAAUCCAUAAGACAAAUUGGCUUUGAGAGUGUGAUCGGUGCAGAUGCAGGGAACGGCAUCAGAGUGUUCAUCCCUGACAUUGGUAUGUUCGUAGCUGGCUUGGCCAUCUGGCUGCUGUGUCGCAGUCUGGUCCAGAAGAGGCCGCCUGAGGACAUGGCCCAGUACAACACCGACUUCGAAGCAGAGGAACAAGAAGAAGAGGAGAAGCUGAGUCUGGAUGACAACAUCCUGCUAGAGGAGGACUUUGAACGGGGUUACGAGGCUGAGGAGGAUGAAGAGGAGGAGGAGCUGGAUGAGGACGAAGAGGAGGAAGAAGAAGAGGAGGAGGAAGCAAAAGAAAGCACCAAGAUGAAAAUCCUGCGGCUUGUGGCGGAGGUUGCGUCCAAAGUGAAGGAGAUUAUCGGGAACUUGAUCACCACUGCGGGGAAGGUGGUGGUCACCAUCUUGUUGGGCAUGACAGGUAUAAUGUUGCCCUCGUUGACCUCGGCUUUCUACUUCUUCAUCUUCCUGUUCCUGUGCACCUGGUGGUCUCUCUGCCGGACCUUCGACACACUAAUCUUCAGCUGCAUGUGUGUCCUGAUGGCCAUCUUUAGUGCUGGACACCUUAUUGUCCUCUACCUCUACCAGUUCCAGUUCUUCCAGGAGUCCAUCCCAUCAGAUGAUAACUACAUCAGGAUAUUUGGCAUGUCCCCCAUUGUUCAGAGCAAUUGCUCCUACACAUGGAAGCUCAUUGUGCACCCUGAGCGUAAGUGGUACCACUUUGUCAAUCCCAUCAUGCUGCUGAUUCUCUACUACACCCUGGCCACGCUCAUUCGCCUCUGGCUGCAGGAACCCAUCGACCAGCUGAUGGACGACAAGGACGGUGAUAUGUGUGAGGAGGAAGAUCUGGAUGGAAACACAACAAAUAACUCCGCCAACAGGAAGAGGCAGCUGUGGUGGGAAUCACGCCAGGGCACAGAUGAGAAAAACCUCCUCUCCACCCAGGAUGGCUUCAGUACAACUGAGGCUGUACCCACCUCAAACGGGACGUCCUUUGACUUUGUCGCAACUGAGAAUGGACCAGUCUGCCUGGACUUGUACUCCACCCCUCAGUAUAAAAUGGACCAGCCUAGUGACGAGAAGAAGGAAGAGUGUGCGUAUGAAGUGUGUUUGCCCCUGGAGGAUUUGGCAUUGGAGGCAGGAGAGGAGAAGUCUGAGGGAGGAGAGGAUGGGAUGAAGAAAAGAGGAGUCAGUGCGAUGGUCAAAAUCUUUCACUUCAUCAUGAAACAGAGCUACAUCUGUGCUCUAAUAGCCAUGAUGGCAUGGAGCACCACAUACGUCAGCUGGUUGACGUUUGUCUUCCUCAUCUGGUCUUGCAUGCUGUGGAUGGUGAAGGACCGGAGGCGUUACGCCAUGCUGUCUUCUCCCUUCAUGGUGGCCUACGGCAACCUGCUAAUAGUUCUGCAGUACAUUUUCACUUUUGAGAACAUGAAAGGAGACCCAGAGUUUUUUCCCAUGAAGAAAAAUCCUUUCCACUCACUUUCAUCCAAGGUCCUGUGUCUGCUGAGCUUCUGGCUGCUGCUGAGACAAACGCUUACAGAGAGACAGGAAAAACAAAAAGAAGACAGUGCUGGUCUCUCCGACGUUCAUGUGGAGGAUCAGAAGAAGGAGGAAGAGGAGGAGGGAGGGGAGCAGGACAUCAUGCAGGUUCUGGGCAACAUGGUCAUAGCUAUGCUAGUCAAAUACUGGAUCUACAUCUGUGGUGGCAUGUUCUUCAUCGUCAGCUUCGAGGGAACCAUCGUCAUGUACAAGAUCAUCUACAUGAUGAUGUUCCUCUCCUGUGUGGCACUCUACCAGGUGCACUAUGAGUGGUGGCGAAGGAUCCUGAAGUACUUCUGGAUGUCUGUCGUGAUAUACACCAUGCUGGUCCUCAUCCUGGUCUACACCUUCCAGUUUGACCGCUGGUCUAACUUCUGGUCAAAGAAGUUGGGAAUGGACAAAAAUGGCUUGGAGGACCUGGGCCUGAAUAAGUUUGAAGUCACCAUGCUGUUCACCAGGAUUUUCAUUCCCACUUCCUUCUUGCUGGUGUGUAUACUCCACCUGCACUAUUUCCACGACCGCUUCCUCCAGCUCACCGACCUCCAGGCUGUAGUGGCCAAAGAGGAGAGCACUAUCUACAGACUGGUGCACCAGGAUGGCAGCCUGGCAGACCUCACCAUACUCAGUGCCAGCUCGGUGGAGGCAACGCUGUCCAGAGAGGAACAGGAGCCACAGGGGGAGUGGGGGAGAGAGAAGGAGCAGGCCCUGGUGGUGGUGAUGUAUGACACUGACAUGACUGACGAGAAGCCCAGGAGCUUUUCCGACCCGCGGCAGUCCAGCACAGAGGAGAGCCACCACUGCAGUGCGAAGACAGAGCCAGAGCCGAGCACCGAGCAGAGCUCAGAUCUGAAGAAUAAAUGGCACCUGGUGGUCGACCGUCUGACUGUGCUCUUCCUCAAGUUCCUGGAGUAUUUUCACAAACUGCAGCUGUUCAUCUGGUGGUUACUGGAGAUCCACAUCAUCAAGAUUGUGUCCUGCUACAUUGUUAUGGUCUCUCUCAAAGAGGUGUCUUUGUUCAACUAUGUGUUCCUGGCAUCCUGGGCCUUUGCACUGCCCUACAGCCAGUAUCGGCCCCUUGCUUCCAGUGUUUGCGCUGUCUGGACAUGUGUCGUCAUCGUAUGCAAAAUGUUGUACCAGCUGAAGUCUAUAGACCCCACCUCCUACUCCAAGAAAUGCAAUAUGACUGGAAACUACUCAGAUUGGCAGAGGACUGAAUUGGGCAAGUCUCUGCUGUAUAAUGAUUCAGUGGAUCCAGCCAUUUGGGUCGGCCUGAACAAGUCUCCUGACCUGCUGGGCUACCUCAGGAACAACCUCUUGAUGCUGGCUCUGUUAGCAUUCGAGGUGACCAUCUACCGCCAUCAGGAAUACUUUAGACUGAGGAACAAACUGUCACCUCCUGCUGCCAGGAUUAUCUUCCAUGAUAUCACACGGCAGCAUCUGGACACUGGCAUCAUCAGCUUCAUCAAAUACUUCAUCAACUACUUCUUUUACAAGUUUGGACUUGAGACGUGCCUGCUGUUGGUGGUCAACGUUAUCGGGCAGCGUAUGGACUUCUACGCCAUGCUUCACGCCUUUGCCUUAAUUGCAGUCAUGUAUAGACGCAGGAGGAAAGCCAUUGCUGAGAUCUGGCCCAAGUACUGCUUCUUCCUGGCCUGCAUGCUGACUUUCCAGUACUUGGUCUGCAUCGGGAUCCCACCAGCAGCCUGUAAAGACUAUCCCUGGAGGUCUCCCACCUCUACUACAGACUCCAAUGUGAUCAAGUGGCUCUAUAUUCCAGAUUUCCUGACCCAACCCAACUCAUUGUUCCUCAUUUAUGACUUCAUGUUGCUGCUUUGUGCCUCUCUCCAGAGGCAGGUCUUUGAUGAUGAGAACAAGGCAGCAGUCCGCCUCAUGGCUGGUGACAACGUGGAGAUCUGCAGAGACCUUGACGCAGCCUCUUUCAGUGUCCACAACCCCGUCCCCGACUUUAUCCACUGCAGGUCCUACCUGGACAUGCUGAAGGUCAUCAUGUUUAGCUAUCUGUUCUGGUUUGUCCUCACCAUCAUCUUCAUCACGGGGACCACGCGCAUCAGUGUCUUCUGUAUGGGCUACCUGGUAGCCUGCUUCUACUUCCUGCUAUUUGGUGGUGAGCUGUUGCUCAAACCAAUCAAAAAGAUCCUUCACUACUGGGACUUCCUGAUCGCCUACAACAUCUUUGUUAUCACCAUGAAGAACGUUUUGUCUAUCCUGGCUUGUGGCUACAUUAACUCUCUGAUUGAGAACCAGUGCUGGUUGAUCCAGUUGUUCAGUCUGGCCUGCACCAUCAAAGAAUACACCAUCAACGUCAGCAAAGAAAACGCGAAGCUGUGUGACAUGCCCAGCAACGAGGCCGGGAUUAUCUGGGACAGUAUCUGCUUUGCCUUCCUGUUGCUGCAGAGACGAGUCUUCAUGAGCUACUACUUCCUCCAUGUGGUGGCUGAUAUCAGAGCAUCGCAGAUCCUCGCGUGCAGAGGGGCGGAGCUUUUCCAGGCCACAAUAGUGAAGGCGGUGAGAGCCAGAUUAGAGGAGGAGCGCAAAUCUGUGGAGCAGCUGAAGAGACAGAUGGAGCGCAUUAAGGUGAGGCAGCAAAAGUUUAAGAGGGGCAAGGAGAAGAUGCUAAGCAUGGCGCAGGAGUCUGGAGACGGACAGACCCUCGUCCAGCCCGAGGAGGAUGAUGAUGAUGAUGGAGCACAGGGAACGAAAGCCAAGACCAAUAAAAAGCAGUGGUGGAGGCCGUGGGUUGACCAUGCUUCCAUGGUUAGAAGUGGAGACUAUUACUUGUUUGAAACUGACAGUGAGGAGGAAGAGGAGGAGGAGGAGAAAAAAGAUGAGGAACAGCCAAAGAAUUCGGCUUUUCAGCGAGCUAUUGGGAAGUUUCUCUCUGCUCUUCUGGCUUUGCCCAAGUCUAUCAUUAAGCUGCCUAAAACUAUACUGCAGUGUGUAGUCAAGGCAGGCAAGUUUCUUUAUCACGCCUGGAUCACAGACCCCAAAGCUGCCCUGAGGGCAAGAGGCAAAGAGAAACGCAAAUUUUGGAAAAAAUACACCAAAGGAGUUAGACACAGAAAAAGCAAGAAAGAUGGUCAUUUGACCAUAGAGGUUGGUGAGCUCUCAGAUGGGCAAGAAAAAGGAGAGGAGGACAAGAAGUCUGGUGGUCCAGACAACAUCAUCAAGCGGGUGUUCAACAUCAUAAAGUUCACCUGGAUGCUCUUCCAGACGACAGUGGACAGCUUCACCAAGUGGAUGAAUGACAUGUGCAGAGAGUAUAUCGACAUCUCCACUGUGCUGCGUAUAGAGCGCUGCAUGCUCACCAGAGAGGUCAAAAAGGGCAAUUUGCCGUCCAGAGAGAGUAUCCACGUCUACUACCAGAAGGCCAUGAGGCUCAACAUGUCUAGACAGGCUAGUUUGGAUCAGCUAAGUGAGGACGAGUCAGCCUCGGGCUCCAACAGGGUCCGGAGAAGGCGAAGAGGCUACCCCAUGGAGAGCCAGGACUCCACAGCAUCCAGAGACAGCAUAUCCAGUGCCUUCACCGAGGCUACCACACUGUUUUCCCGUCAAUCCACCCUGGAAGACCUGGAUGGAAUGCCAGAGUGCAUUCCCAAAACCAGUGAGCGUGCCAGGCCCAAACUGCGUAAGAUGUGCGGCUUGGACGUGUCCAAUUCAUCAGUGGACAGCUGCAGCAGCUUCAUGUCCAGUGAAACAACCCAGUGCGUCACACUCUACUCCAGACAGGGCACCACAGACACCAUAGAAGAAGUGGAUGAUGAGCAUGAUCAAGGGGAAGACAAGCAGCAACGGGUUCCCUGGCAAUCCCAACAGCUAGACGAGAGUGAGGGGGCAGAGGGCGGUGCCUGGAGUGAUGGAGAACCCAGGGCGAAAGAGGAAAAGAAGGAGGAGGGUGAUGGCCAGGUGGGACUGGAGGGUGAGGAGGUAGUAGAGGUACCCAAGGACCAGGAGGGAGAAAAGGGAGAAGAGGCUCCCUGGGAGUCUUUUGGUCCAGAUGACGGCCCCUCUCUCAGGCUGGAGGAGGCAGAGUCUGCCCCUUCUGCCCAAGAAAAGGACUUCACCACUGAGAGUGAGGAUGGGGGAGUACCGCAGGACUUCAUGCAAACAGAGGGGCAACGAGGGCUGCGCUACACCCCUGAUACAGAUGCUUCUAAAACGUCUGACGCUGACGUGCCUCCCAGCUACAGCAAGGCCGUCAGCUUUGACCGUCUGGAACUUAGCGAUGACGAGAGUGACAUGGAUAGGAGGAGGCGCAUGGUUAUGACCUCUGACAGCUGCUCAGACAGCAGGUCAGACAUCAUGUUGCCUUCUAUGACCACUGAGCUGACCGCCAGCGAACUGCUGCUCAACAAGAUGUUUUAUGAUGAGGAGCUGGAGCAGUCAGAUAGAUUCUACCAAAAGCAGCCUCUGAUCCUCCAGCUCUGCUACGGUCUCUACAACAUGCUGGUGGCCCACUCAGAGAUGGUGUGCUACCUGGUCAUCAUCAUCAACCACAUGGUAUCGGCCUCCUGCGCCACCCUGGUCCUUCCCAUCACCAUCUUCCUCUGGGCCAUGCUGUCAGUCCCCAGGCCCAGCAAGCGCUACUGGAUGACUGCCAUCGUCUAUACUGAGGUCACCAUCGUCGUCAAGUACUUCUUCCAGUUUGGCUUCUUCCCCUUCAACCAGAACCUAAUAAAUAAGAAUAGACCUUAUCACCCUCCCAACAUCAUUGGUGUGGAGAAGAAAGAUGGUUACGUCCACUACGACCUGGUCCAGUUACUGGCUCUCUUCUUCCACAGAUCCAUUCUGAAGUGCCAUGGUCUUUGGGAUGAUGAGGAACCCAAAGAAAGGAGAGAGCCCUCUCGUCAGAGCGAGUCAGAGGACGAGGGAAAAGACAAGGAGGAGAGUGAGAAGGGGUCUGAACACGCCUCCUCACUGAUCAGUGAUGGGAGAGGCUCCACUCACACCUUGAGAUCCAUAAACUUUGGGACUUCCAUUGAUUCAGAACACGUCCAGGUGCACUACCCGCAGCAGCAGACCUACCAGCGUCGCAAGAGCUCCAGCGGAGGCUCGCACAUUUCUCACCGAUCUCUCCACUCUUCUGCAAGGUCUAAGAGAGGAAGUACCACUUCCCACAACAGCAGCCACAAGGACGGCAGCGAGGCCAGCGUCCAUCAGAAGACCCGCAAACAGAUGAUCAUGGAGAAGUUGAUGGAGCAGCUCCUUAAAGGAAAAGCUUUCAUCAUAAAGCGGUUCAUGGAGAUCUACCUUCCUAUGAGGCAGUUCUUCUAUAACUUGAUCCACCCAGAAUACAGCGCAGUCACAGAUGUCUAUGUGCUGAUGUUCCUCGCUGACACGGUCGACUUCAUCAUCAUUGUGUUUGGAUUCUGGGCAUUUGGUAAACACUCGGCUGCAGACAUUACAUCGUCCCUGUCGGAGGAUCAAGUGCCGGGACCUUUCCUGGUCAUGGUCCUGAUCCAGUUUGGGACCAUGGUGGUGGACCGGGCGCUCUACCUCAGAAAGUCUGUCAUGGGCAAGGUGAUCUUCCAGGUCAUCCUGGUCUUUGGCAUCCACUUUUGGAUGUUCUUUAUCCUGCCAGGAGUCACAGAUAAGCGUUUCAGCGAGAACAUGGUUGCUCAGAUGUGGUAUUUUGUCAAGUGCAUCUACUUCGGGCUGUCAGCCUAUCAGAUCCGCUGUGGUUAUCCCACCCGCGUUUUGGGAAACUUCCUCACCAAGAGCUACAAUUAUGUCAACCUCUUCCUGUUUCAAGGUUUCCGUCUGGUGCCAUUCCUGACGGAGCUGCGAGCCGUGAUGGACUGGGUUUGGACUGACACCUCGCUGUCUCUGUCCAGCUGGAUCUGUGUGGAGGACAUCUAUGCUCACAUCUUUAUCCUGAAAUGCUGGAGAGAGUCUGAAAAGAGGUAUCCCCAGCCGCGAGGCCAGAAGAAGAAGAAGGUGGUGAAGUACGGGAUGGGAGGGAUGAUUGUAGCGCUGCUGAUCUGUAUCGUCUGGUUCCCGCUGCUCUUCAUGUCCCUCGUUAAGUCUGUAGCUGGAGUCACCAACACGCCGCUGGAUGUGUCUUUUGGAAUCACCCUGGCUGGCUUUCAGCCCAUCUUCACCAUGAGUGCUCAGCAAAAACAACUGCAGGAUGUGACACCAGUUGAAUAUGAAACGUUUAUGAAGCAUUAUAUAAAUAACGAUGACGCCUUGCAGUGGCUGGAGGGCUACAUGCCAGCGGACCUGAUCAUUGCAGAGCUGAAAGGCAGCUCCAACUCUCUGUGGACCAUCAGUCCACCAAGCAGAAAGAACCUCAUAAAUAUGUUGGAUAGCGAGGACGAAUUCCCCAUCACUGUGUCCUGGUCCGUGCAAAGAAACCCCUCUUUUGGUGCCAAGGCUGAAACAGCGUCAGGAAAACUAGGGACCGUUCUUGACUCAGAGACAAAGAAGGAGCUCAUUGCGCUCCUAAAUGGGACGACAAGCAACUCACACGUGAUCCUAAAAGAAAUCUUCCCUCGUUUUAUUCGAGCCCCCAGUGACUCAGAUGCCAAGCCUGUUCAUCAUCUUUUAAAAGAUGUUAAGAUGUUCAACAUAACCUUGACCUUGGAGCGAGAUGAGAACGAUCAGAUCCGGGAAUGGUGGGUCGUCAACCAAAUGGAGCGCGGCCCGAUAAUAAAGAACAAGUUUGAUAAAGGCCUGGAGCUCUACGUAUUCAGCGACCAAGUCAGCCCGCCCAGUUUAGGCUUUCUGGCUGGAUAUGGCAUCAUGGGCUUGUAUGCCUCUGUGGUUCUGGUCAUCGGCAAGUUUGUGCGUGAGUUUUUCAGCGGCAUUUCCCACACCAUCAUGUUUGAGGAGCUGCCCAACGUGGACCGCAUCCUCAAGCUGUGCACCGACAUCUUCCUGGUCCGAGAGACAGGGGAGCUGGACCUGGAGGAGGACAUGUAUGCCAAACUCAUCUUCCUCUACCGCUCUCCAGAGACUAUGAUCAAGUGGACCAGAGAGAAAUCUCAGUGAAACUCAGUGAGGGGACGGUAACCAAUGAAGGUCAAAACUUUUUGGACAGGAGACACUCACAGGUGUGAGCAGCUAUUUAGGGCCGAUUUACCUACUGAGGGAGCACAAAGUCAGCUGGUCACCAACUCUGUCCUCUUCAACUGAGCUCUGAUGGCACUCGACACUAAAACACUUGCGUUAUAAACUGGUAUUUUCUACUAUUUACUGAUGAAAAACAACAAUUGCAGUCAUAUUAUUAACAAUUGAGGACGGAUUUGCCGGUGCUGUAUUUAUCUUGCCAAACCUGGCUCAGUUUGGCAUCCAGUGGAUAAAAUAAGCAGCUGGUGUCCAGUUGGAGACUGAGAAAUCUUUUAGGACAAUUUUCCUAAGUUAGAAAAAGUCAUCCCUAACAUAAAGGUAUGUUUUUAAACACAAAUGGCCAGAACCCUCAAUGCUCUUCAUGCCUAACUCUAAUGUUUUCACAGUCACAUGGUAGACGUAUGGAAUGGCUGCAACAUUAAUCUUUAAGGGCUUCCCACCAAAAAAUAAGUGCACAAUAAUGAUCACAUGAGCACAAUAUCCUAUUUUCUCCUAACUGGAAUGCUUGGACUGUGGGACUGUGCAAUACUGAGCUCUGAUUCCUCAACAUUUUUAAAGGAUGUGGACCGAGGAAAAAGGCCGGUUCUGACCAAGAAACAUGAACAUACUUUUUUUUUUUUUUUUUAAGGUCAGAGGCCACAUGGGAGCUUCUUGAGAGACACAACACAAAAAACAGACAAUCUUUACUUGCCUUAUUUUGUUUGUAUGA